AUCACCCGAGCCCAUGGCCGGCCCCUCACCGUCGCCCUCCGGCAGCAGCCGCCGCAUGUCGGAGCUCCUGGACGAGCAGCAAGAGCCCUUCUCCCUUCACCUCUACCUCCUCGAGAAGGGCUGCUCCCCCACCACCCUGGACGCGGCCGGAGGCUGCGGCGUUGCGUUACCUUGCUGGCCAAGGAGCAGGGGCACCUCCCCGGCGCCGAGGCGGGUGACGGCCAGCAAGAAAACGCCCGCGAGCGGCCUCCUCUCCAAGCUCCUCCACGGCACGGCGGCGCCUGCAUCCACGAAAAGAAAGAAGAAACUGCGGUCGGCCGCCAUUGGCCCGUGCUCCGUCGAAGGCGAGAAGGCGGCGAGCAAAAGAAAGAACGCCGUCGAGGCACACACGGCUGAAGCAGCGGACGACGAGGGAGAAAGCUACGAGGACGACGACUCGUCGAAGCAGCUGAGCCCUGUGUCCGUCUUGGAGCGCCGGGCAUUCGAGAAGCCGCCGCGGGCGUACGCCGUCGCCGAGAAGGCCAUUGUCGUCUUCAGGGAGCUCCUGGACGCGGCACGCAGGCCCGCGUUGCUCCAGCGGAAAGUUGCCACAGAAAGCAGCAAGUCCGGCGAUGUCCCCACGGAGACUUCAACAACGACGACGACGCCGGCGCCGCCCCCCGCACCGGCGCCCACGAGGACCGACCGCGCCACCAGCAUUGCACAUUUGGACGAGAUGUUUGAGGCCAAUGGGCACGACCUCGUACCGUUGGACAUGCCCGGCGAGAGGGGGGAUGCCCUGCUGGGGCGGUGGGACGUCGGUGCCGAGCUAGCGAUUGCAGUGCUGGAAGCGCUGACGGAGGAGGUCGUGACGGAGCUGAUGGGGAUGGUCCACCAUGAAGACGCCAAUGCCAUCGACGUGAAGCAGUGUUGGUUGCUACCGAACUGCUGAUGUUGUGGAUAUAUUUGUCCUCGUAUGGGUUUAUGCUGGUCUUCUCAUUAUGAUGUUUAAGACUAGUACUUGCUAAUCUUACUGUAAAUAAAGAUUUCCUUUUUUUUGCGGGUGAAAUAAAG